GGAAAGCUUGUUUCUUUUCCCCUCGCCCAUCUCCCUUUCCCUUUGCCUCCCCAAACCCCCAGCAAACCUCCAUGCCGCCUAGACGACGCCAUGGGCCUUUCACGAUUCUUCUUCCCGAUGGUCAAUACCUCGAUGCCUACACUGACGACGAUGGGAGACUUGUCACCGGCGGAUCGGAGGGCCGGCCUGUCGGAGAAAUCUUCGCCGACAUCCGGCGCCGUCGGGAGGCCGCUCAGGACGCCGCCCGUCGCCGCCACCAUCCGCAGCGGCGUCCACAACACCGUCCACCAUCAGAUGCGGCCUCCACUACCCAACCACCUCCAACCUGCAACCCCUCCCCCUCCCCUCCCCUCUACUCCACUCCACCAUCAGAUGCAGCCCACCCCUCUGCAACCCCUUCUCCUCCCGUCCACGGUCAGCUGCAGCCUCCACAACCCGAACCCAUCCCCUACACUCCUGGCACGCCUCGUCCCACGCUCACCGACGUCGACGUGGACGCGACAUGUCUACGCAUAGCAGAUGCAUUUGAGGAAUUCGCCUACUCCGACGGGGAUGGACAACUCUUCACGGACGUCGAUGAGAUAUCUCAACGCGUAGCAGAUGUACGCAUGGAAGUCACCUGCUCCAACAUCCAGACGAGGCCCUACGAUCGGCCGCAACCUCCACAGUGUGAGUACCCUUAUUAUGAUGUGCCCGAGCCGUUGGAAAAACCACUGCUAGAGCCAAAGAACGCAAACGCUUCCUCUUCCUCCACGCAGCCAGUUGCGAUAACUCAUGACAUCUCGCCAGUGUCAAGGCAACUGUCUCCGCCUAUUUUCGCGCGCAAUCCUUCUGGUUGGCAUUUACAAUUUUUCAUCAGAAUAGAUGUUGGGGGUUAUUUCCACACGUAUCCUAGUCUGGGCGGGCCAUUCCAGAGCUUGCAGGAAGCUGAGAAUGCUAUCGCUAGCCAUCUUGAUGAGCUGCGCUCUCCUAUGAUGUGCACAGAUGGGCUUUCGGAUGCUGAGAUUGGUAUAUUACACGACCUUUACUGGCCUGAUGGCACAAGGCAGAAAUCUUCUAAAGGCAAUGCGAAUCAUAGGAAUAUCAGCUUAUUGGUUCAAGCGUUACUGGACAAAUACAAUGAAGAUCAUCAUCUUUUGGGGGAUCUUGCAUAUGAACUUGAUGAUGUUCUUAUCUUCAGAAAAUUUUUUGAGGGAGAGAAAGUGAUUAUGUUCUAUCAUAUCAAUCUGGCUACAAAAACCAAAGGAGAAGAUGGUUUGCACAGUGGCAUCAACAAUCUAUUUUUUGCUGAAGUCGGACAAAUUGAAGGAGAAAAUAAAGAAUAUGUAUAUGUACUCAAUUCUUUAUGCAUGGUUAAACCUACUGACAAUGGCCAAUGCUAUGGUUGCUUGAGUUAUGGCAAUGUUGAUUUGAAGCACCCUGUUGAUACUGAUAAAUACAAAGGUGGCCACACUGCCCCGCGCUCACCAUGUUGCGGUUUUGAUCUACGGUGUGAUGUUAUUACUGGCCUAGAUGUACCUGCAUACAUCGAGGAUGAGGAGGCUAGGCUGGCAGAGGAGGAGGCUAUGCUAAGAUAUAUAUACAAGUGCCCUGCUCCGGCAAAAUCGGAUAGUGCAAGAGUGCCUGCUGGUUUGGCGAAGAGAGAGGAUGCUGGUUUGACCAAGGGAGAGUAUGGCCAGGGAAGCACGAAAUACAUUGUACCUGCUAGGCGUCGUCCGCUGGUUUGAGUACCCCCUCAGUUUUCAGUAUCUUGGAGAAGGACUAAACUUGUCGUGCACCAUCAUUUGGGACGUCGUUGCUGCAACGGCAGAAUGUAUGGAUCUGCCAUUUGCUUGGGACUUGGUUGUAGCUGGUCGGAAGUUUGCUGCUUUGGGACCAUAAUGGUGUAAUGUUUCAUAUUUGAGUUCAAUGGAAGGUCGGCAAUGGAGCUGCCUUUUGUUUUUCAAAUCCUGCUAGUAUUUAUGACUUGGUCUUUCA